AUGGGCCUCAGCAGACACAAGGGCGACGGCGACAGCUCUCCGCAUGUGCCUGUCGUCGUCGACGAGGAGGGCAGACGGCGAGCAUGCUGUAAUUCACCGAAGCAGUACGGAGUAGUUAGCAGCCCAGCCUUGGCAGACAUACCGUUUUUCUUGACUCCUGGCGCCAACGGGCACGUCGUCUUCAAGGCCCAGGAUGCCAAGGGAGGUGUGCGGAGGUUUUUCACCCAAUCUCUAGCCAAGCUACCAAGGCGCUUUCAUCCGGCUUCUGGGGGCAGCGUCAUGCCCAUGGCUAUGCCCAUGGUGUAG